AUAUAUCGGUGACGGUGUGGCCGGACGGGAGGCUGGGACCGUUCGCUCCCAAGGAUCAGCGCUUCCCGAUGCCGGGGUUGGUCGGGUCCGUGUGCCAGGUCGACAAGAAAACCGCAGUGCCGCAGGUACAGAGGGCGCCGGCGGCGGAAGCGGAUGUCCUCACGGCGCCGCUACCGGAGGAAAGACACAUUGACGCGUUGUCGCAGUUUUUCAGUCCGGCAGACGAGGUACGGGAGACGCUACAGCAUA